AUGGUUACAACGAAGAGAAAAGCCUCUGAACUUACAGAGUCAGGCGAUAUUACAACUUCCAAUAAGAAGGUUAGUUUGAAAAGUGACAUAGAAAAUGAUACAAAGCUCACUGAACAGCAUUUAAGUCAUAGUGAUGAGGAUGAUACGAGCGAUGAGGACGAAGAAUCACAAGUGAAAAGUAAGAAUACAGCAAAGAAUAGUAGCACAGCAUCUCAAGAUAUACAUAUAGCGAGAGAAACAGCAGAGUUAUUCAAAUCAAACAUCUUCAAAUUACAAAUAGAUGAACUACUAGAACAAGUCAAAUUAAAAGAGUCUCACGUUUUAAAAGUGGAAAAAUUUUUACAUAAAUUAUAUGACCUUAUUCAACAAGUUCCUGAGUGGGAAUCAAAAUCUAUGUCAGAAGUCAACUCAUUUUUCAAAGAUAAGGUCGUUUCUGUUCCAUUCGUUGAUCCAAGGCCUUCUGAAGCAACAACUAAAUACAAAUUUGAUUAUAAGAGACCAGAUGUAUCUUUGAUUGGUUCCUUUGCAUUAAAAUCCGGUAUGUACCAACCUCAAGGUUCUGUCAUAGACGUACUAUUAACCAUGCCGGAGUCUUUAUUUGAGAAAAAAGAUUAUUUAAAUUUCAGAUGUUUACAUAAGAGAAGUGUCUAUUUGGCUUACUUAACUCACCAUCUAUCAAUUUUGUUUGCCAAGGAAAAACUAGAUAGUUUCCUGGCUUUAGAAUACUCUUACUUCAAUAAUGAUCCACUAUUACCAAUUUUAACUUUGAAUUGCCAAAAGCCAAUAGAAGAUCAACAUAAUGAACUAAAUUUCUAUAAGACAAAAUUUUCAAUCAAUUUAAUUAUUGGAUUCCCAUCCGAGAUAUUUGAACCAAAAAAAUUAUUACCAAAUAAGAAUUGUAUUAGAGUAGCGAACGAAGAAAAUGCAUUACCUGCCACACCACUCUACAAUUUUGCAAUCCUUUCCUCAUCUACCCACGAAACCUAUCUAAAGUACCUUUACAAAGCAAAGAAACAAACUGAAUCAUUCCAAGAAGCAAUAAUAUUAGGUAGAUUAUGGUUACACCAAAGAGGUUUCUCUUCAAAAUCAUCACAUUCUGGCUCUCUAAGUGGGUUUGGAACCUUUGAAUUCACUGUGCUUAUGGCUGCCUUGUUAAAUGGUGGCGGUGUCAACGGUAAUAAAAUCUUAUUACACGGUUUCUCAUCAUACCAGUUAUUCAAAGGUGUUAUAAAAUAUCUAGCCACUAUGGAUCUUUGCGAUAAUGGCCAUCUACAAUUCCACUCUGAUAUUAACUAUGCUGCAUCCCUUUCCAAAUACGUCCAAGAAGGUUUUCAAACCCCUACUUUGUUCGAUAAAACUACAAAAGUCAAUAUCCUAACAAAAAUGACAGCUAGCUCAUAUCAGGCUUUGAAAGUAUAUGCAAAGGAAACUUUAGCAAUGCUAAAUAAUGUUGUUCAAGACCAAUUUUCCAAUAUUUUCUUAACUAAUAUCGGUAAACUAGAUCAAUUGAAGUAUGAUAUGUGCUUUAAUGUUUACUUUCCACAAGUCGGCAAUGGUCCUUCCGCUUCAAUCUUGACAUCCAAAUUCACUGCAAGUGAAAGAGUAAAAUUCAUUACUGCCGAAAAUUUUCUAGUCAAUAAGAUAACGAGUGUUCUUAAAUUCGCACUCGGUGAUAGAAUCAAUGCCUUGGAAGUUGAAUUAGCAGGCCAAAGAUCAAGCUUCCCAGUUUCAAAGAGAAAAGUCCAUUCUAAUGGCUUAAAUUUGCGUUGUAUCAAAAUUAAGCUGUUAACUAACCCAAUGGAAUCUGAGAAGUUGGUUACCAAGGGCCCAGCUCAUUUUGAAGAGGUCACACCAGAAGCUGCUCUGUUUAAAGAUUUCUGGGGUCCAAAAUCUUCCUUACGUCGUUUCAAAGAUGGCUCCAUUAUAAACAGUUGUGUCUGGUCCACAUCUUCAUCUGAGCCAAUUGUCUCUGCCAUAGUAGAUUUUGUAUUGAAGAGACAUAUUUCUGAAAAAAUAAGGAUAGAAAACAACAUCACAAGACAAAUACAAGAUUUAUUGCCACUACCUAACCUACCAGCAAGUUCUAAUACCUCUGUACUAAACUUAACAAGCUUUUUCAAUUUGAAAAAGUCGUUUGAUGAAUUAUACAAGAUUAUGUUCAAGAUGAAAUUACCACUAUCUAUUAAAUCAUUAUUACCUGUCGGCUCUGCAUUUAGAUACACAAGUCUUUGCCAACCGGUUCCAUUUGCAUAUGCCAAUCCAGAUUUCCUUCAGGAUGUUAUCUUAGAAUUUGAGACAUCACCAAAAUGGCCAGAUGAAAUUUCUUCCUUGGAAAAAUCAAAAACUGCAUUCUUAUUGAAAAUUCAAGAGCAGCUAGCUUCUCAGUAUGGUAGUCAAUAUAAAUCUUUCUUCACUCGUGAUGAGGUAGUUCCAUUCAAUUUAGACGUCACCGCCUUAAAUGUUUUAACUCCCGAAGGUUAUGGGUUCAGAUUCAAAGUUUUAACUGAACGAGACGAAAUUCUAUAUCUAAGAGCCAUAUCCAAUGCAAGAAAUGAGGUCAAACCAGAAUUAGAAAAAACAUUUUUAAGUUUCACAUCAGCAUAUCUUGCCUCAGUUAGACAUACAAGAACCAUUGAAAACAUCUCUCAUUCAUACCAAUUUUAUUCUCCAACUGUGAGACUCUUCAAGAAAUGGCUAGAUACACAUUUACUGCUCGGUCACUUAAAAGAAGAACUUGUAGAGCUAAUUGCAAUCAAACCAUUUGUUGAUCAUGCUCCAUAUUCUAUCCCAGGUUCCGUAGAAAAUGGGUUCUUGAAGAUACUGAAAUUUUUAAGUCAAUGGAAUUGGAAGGAAGAUCCAAUGAUUUUAGAUUUAGUAAAGCCAGAAGAGAGCUUUGAUAGUUCUUUUGAAACCAGUAUUGGUGCCAAUGAUUUGGAUUCUGCUACUAUGAAGAGACUUUCAGAAAAUCUUACGCUGGCUCAAUACAAGGAUAUCCAAUCCAAUUUUGCAAAUUUAAGAAAGGGCGAUCCAAAUGGUUUACAUGUUCAAUUUUUUGUCGCUUCUAGAAACGACCCCAGUGGUAUCCUAUAUUCCAGUGCCAUUCCUUUAGCUAUUGCCACUAGAUUGACUGCAUUAGCUAAGGUCGCUACUAACCUAAUCCAGGCACACGGAUUAAACGAAGAAACAAUAAACUUACUAUUCACUCCAGGAUUGAAUGACUAUGAUUUCAUUGCUCGCUUGAAAGUCCCAUUCAGUAUGAAAACUUCCUGUGGUGUUUUGGAAAGCACAGAAUUCAAAAACUUAACCUCAUCUGGGUCUGCUUUCCCAGAGAACUUGGAUGAACUAAGUGAAAAAAUGGAUCCAACAUACCAUUUAGUUAAGUAUCUGAAUAUGAAGUACAAAAACAGUUUGAUUUUUUCGAGCCAUAGAUAUAUUGGAGUAAAUGGAGGCAAGAAAGGUGAUAGAAAUGUGAUUACUGGUUUAAUAAAGCCAAUGUUCAAGAAACAACAGAAAUUUCGUGUAAAUAUGGAUUGUAACGUUAAGCCUGUUGAUAAUGAAAGUGUAGUUUUGAAUAAGGAGGCUAUAUUUAAUGAGAUUGCUGCAUUCGGAGACCAACUCAUAGUAGAUUUUCAGUCCCAUUAA